CCUGCCCCUCCCCUCCAUUCCUGCAGCCCCUGGGUCUGCUGGGCAAACCCUGAGGGGAGGUGACCUGGGAGGAUGGACAACUCAGGGACACCAGAGCAGAGAUGGUCCCUCUCUCAUCAUCAGAGUUUCUGGGAGCAACGGGAUGCAAAAGUGGAGGAACAAGCUGCACUGUUGGCUUGGAGAAAGUUUCUGCUUCCUGAAAAUCCAGACGUGGUGACCCUGGAUCCAAACACGGCUCAUUAUCAACUUGUCCUGUCGGAGGAUUUGAGAAGUGUGAAAUGUGGACCCACGCAGCAGAACCUGCCUGACACCUCCGAGAGAUUUAGUUAUUGGUGGUGUGUGCUGGGCCAGGAGAGGUUCCUGGAGGGGAGGCACUGCUGGGAGGUGGAGGUGAAGAGGGAGGUGGGAAGUGAUUCAGAGUGGGCUGUUGGAGUGGCCAAGGAGUCCGUGGAGAGGAAGAGGACAAUGUUACUGAGCACUGCAGUAGGUGUCUGGGGGGUGUGGUACCGGGGAGGGCAGUUCACGGCUCUCACCUCUCCUCGCACAGCCCUUUCCAAAUCCCUGGUCCCCAGGAGGAUCUGGGUCUGUCUGGACUGCACACGGGGGCUGGUGACUUUCCUCAAUGCCGACACCGGGGUCGAGAUCUUCACUUUCCCACCAGCCUUGUUCCAUGGGGAGACCCUGAGGCCCUGGUUUUGGGUGGGAACAUGGAAAACCCAGCUGUGCCUCAGGGGCAGCACCCCCUAGACCCUCAUCCCCACUUCCAUCCCCACCAUAGCCUCUGGCAGACCCUGUCCUUCUCCAGAGACACCCCGCUCUCCUCUCCUGGACUCUGCAGGAGAUGUCCCUCCCUGCUCUGUCCCAGCCUGGGGAGCAGAGGGGGAGUGAGGGCAGGAGACAGGGGUUGGUGUGGUGCCCCCCGGUGCUGGGAGGCUCUGAGCAGGGGUGUGUCUGCAUUUCAGCUUUGAUGGAGUUAAUUUUCUUUCUGGUAUGGGCUGCAUUUUGGAUUUAGUGUGAGAAUGACAUUGAUCACACACGAUUAUAUAAGUGGGUGAGAAAUGUUCACAUCAGUUCAAGGGCUUUUCCAGCUUCCCCUCACACCUGAGAGGGAGCAUGGGCACGAUGAGGCAGGCCAAAGGGAUAUUCCACUGCACAGACAUCCGUCUGGGGACAGAAACAGUGGCUGC